AUGCGAUUACUGGAUUUAGGGGCAUUAUGGCCUUGCCACUUGGCCUGGAACACACCCUUGUUCCCAAUUGGUAAACCCCACUGUAAUGAUUAUCGGCCCGUCCAAAGCCUAAGAGAAGUCAACAAGCGAGUCAUGGACAUUCAUCCCACAGUGCCCAAUCCAUACACCCUAUUAAGUACCCUUCCACCGACUCGUAUCUGGUACACCAUCCUGGAUCUAAAAGAUGCUUUUUUUAGUCUCCCCUUGGCCCCAAACAGCCAGGAAUAUUUUGCCUUCGAAUGGACCGAUCCCGAGCACAGCACGAAGGGACAAUUGACACGGACCCCGCUGCCCCAGGGGUUCAAAAACUCCCCCACCAUCUUCGAUGAGGCCUUAAACAAAGACCUGGGUGAGUUUCGCUACCAACAUCCCCAACUAACUCUUUUACAAUAUGUAGAUGAUCUCUUGAUAGCCGCUCAAGACCGAGAUGCCUGCCUGACUGGCACUGCACAUUUACUCCAAACUCUGGGAGAACUGGGACAUCGGGCUUCAGCCAAGAAGGCCCAAAUUUGUAAAAAAGAAGUCCAAUAUUUAGGAUAUAUCUUAAAAGAAAGCAAGCGUUGGCUAUCCCCUGCAAGAAAAGAAAUGGUCUUGAGGAUCCCUACACCCACCAAUGCUCAUCAGGUAAGGGAAUUCCUGGGAUCGGUGGGGUCUUGUCGGCUUUGGGUCCCUGGGUUUGCUGAAAGGGCCCGUCCACUUUAUGAAGCAACCAAGGAAAAGCCCUGUGCCAUUUGGACAUGGACCGAAGAACACCAACAGGCAUUUGAUGCCUUAAAAUUGGCUUUACUGUCGGCCCCUGCUUUAGGGCUACCAGACAUCACCAAGCCCUUCCAUUUAUUUGUUGAUGAGCAUAAAGGUAUUGCCAUAGGGGUCCUCACCCAAACUUUGGGCCCAUGGCACUGGCCUGUGGCCUACCUUUCCAAGAAACUGGACCCAGUGGCAUCUGGUUGGCCAUCAUGCCUCUGCAUGAUUGCGGCUGUGGCCCUGUUCGUUAAGGAUGCAGAUAAAUUAUCUAUGAGGCAAGAGCUGGCCGUCACCACCCCUCAUGCAAUAGAGGGAGUUCUAAAGCAACCACCAGAUCGAUGGCUCAGUAAUGCCCGCAUGACUCAUUAUCAGACUUUGCUACUCAACCCUCCCAGAAUUAUUUUCCAGGCUCCGACCGCCCUAAACCCGGCUACAUUGCUGCCUGACCCGGACUUGGAGCCUCCCCUCCAUGAUUGUGCCGAGAUCCUGGCUCAUAUUCAUGCCACCCGUCCCGACUUGCAGGACGUCCCGUUGCCAGAUGAGGAAAUCACCUGGUACACAGAAGGCCGUAGCUUCAUACAACAAGGACUGAAGUAUGCCGGGGCCACAGUAGUAUCCACUGAAGAGGUCGUUUGGGCCGAGCCCCUGCCAGCCGGAACCUCAGCACAGAAAGCUGAGCUGAUUGCACUCACUAAAGCUUUGACUCUGGGGCAAGGAAAAAAACUAAAUGUCUACACAGAUAGUAGAUACGCCUUUGCCACUGCUCAAAUCCAUGGGGCAAUUUAUAAAGAAAGGGGGCUCCUCAUGGCAGAGGGAAAGACUAUUAAAAAUAAAGAGGAGAUUCUAGCUCUCCUCAAAGCUUUAUGGCUCCUGAAAAAACUAGCUAUCAUCCAUUGUCCAGGCCAUCAAAAGGACAUAACUGAGGCGGCCAGAGGCAACAAUAUGGCAGACCGGGCUGUUAAAGAAGCAGCCCUCAAAGGCACCCUGGUCCUGGCAGUCAAACUCAUAGAUCCGGGGGACCCCAACCUACCAGAGAGCCCUUGUUAUUCACUCGAGGACCUACAAUGGAUUAAAGGACUGCCUAUGACCCAAUACCUUAAGGGCUGGUGGAGGUCUUCAGAUAACAAAAUCAUUCUGCCUGAGGAAAUGGGAAUAAGGGUUCUGUCAAAAAUACACCGAGCAUCUCACAUGGGACAGAGAAGACUACAAGACCUGGUGAGACAGUCACACAUUAAAAUUAAAGAUGCCAACUCCAAAAUUGAACAAAUCGUCAGUAAAUGCAGAGCCUGUCAAUUGACCAACGCUACCCGGAAUCCCCAUAAUCUUGGAACACGUCUAAGAGGAAGACGUCCAGGGGCCUCCUGGGAAACUGACUUCACUGAGGUAAAACCUGGCAGGUAUGGUUACAGGUACUUACUGGUCUUUGUAGACACUUUUUCAGGAUGGACUGAGGCAUAUCCCACCAAAUACGAGACUGCACAGGUGGUGGCAAAGAAGCUACUGGAAGACAUUCUACCAAGGUAUGGAUUUCCUCAGAUGAUAGGGUCAGAUAAUGGACCGGCUUUUGUGUCCAAGGUAAGUCAGGGCCUAGCCACAACCCUGGGGAUUGAUUGGAAAUUACACUGUGCUUAUAGACCCCAGAGCUCAGGACAGGUAGAAAGGAUGAAUAAAACCUUAAAAGAGACCCUUACCAAACUGGCCCUCGAGACUGGCGGUGACUGGGUGGUCCUCCUCCCUUUUGCCCUAUAUAGGGUGCGUAAUUCCCCAUAUCAAAUGGGAUUGACUCCGUUUGAGAUCAUGUUUGGUAAAGCACCCCCUAUCAUACCCCGUUUACAGCAUGAGGCCAUUGAGGAAUUGGAAGAAGCCCGUCUCCUCCAAGACCUCAGAGGCCUCCAAUGGGUUCAUAAACAUAUUUGGCCUAAACUGUGUGCCCUCUAUGAAACAGGUCCACCUCCGGAGCCACACAGGUACUGCCCCGGUGACUGGGUCUACGUGAAGAGACACCACCAGGGCAACUUGGAAUCACGCUGGAAAGGACCUUAUGUUGUACUACUGACUACUCCAACGGCCCUAAAGGUAGACGGCAUUGCUGCCUGGGUUCACUACACCCACGCCAAACCAGCUGACCCGUUUGCCGAUAAGGACAACUACCUGACUCCAAAUCCAGAUUGGAGGGCCGUCAAGGACCCAGGACAGGAUGGCCAGAAGUCCCGGGAUGUACUUGAACUCAAAACUCCUCCGCCCAUACCGCCCUGCAAGAGUUACGUAGAACCUGUUUUUAUGUAUGCCCGGUCCCAGUUUCUAAUGACAAGGCGGCUCUAUUUGGGGACCGGUCAGAUUAUUUCUGUCGGGGAUGGGGCUGUGAGACCACGGGAUCUUGCAGUUGGAUCCAGGACUCUCAAUCUCUCAUUUCCCUCCGACUCAAACACUCAACCACCCCCUCCCCCCUAUUAUGAAGGAAUAGCCAUCCUGGACCAAUAUCGCACUUCUAAUAUGUCCUCUGAGCACCGGUGGCAGCCGGCAAACACCGGUAGGCUAACCCUACAGUCUAUAAUGGGACAGGGCCUAUGCAUGGGACAGGUCCCGGCUUCACAUUCACACCUUUGCAAUCAUACUGAACAGAUUAGGGACAAUGGAUACAUAAUCCCACCAAACCAAAGAUGGUGGGCCUGCUCUACUGGGCUCACCCCUCGUGUACAUAGUGCGGUCCUAAACCACAACAAAGACUUCUGGGUUUUGGUCCAACUAGUGCCCCGAGUCCUCUACCAUGCCAAUGAAGAAAUUAUAACAUCCCUGAAUGGGUCAAGCUACCUGAUGCGGACCAGGAGAGAGCCUAUCACUGCUCUCACUUUGACCGUCCUUCUGGGCCUGGGAGUGACAGGAGCAGGAACUGGUAUUUCAGCCUUAGCAACCCAAAGUAAAAACUAUCAGGACUUAAGAAUGGCCAUAGAUACUGACAUCCAGAACCUAGAAAACUCUAUUGCCCAUUUACAAGAAUCCUUGACCUCACUAGCAGAAGUAGUACUGCAGAAUAGAAGGGGCUUAGACCUUUUAUUCCUCCAACAAGGUGGAUUAUGUGCUGCCCUUAGAGAAGAAUGCUGUUUUUAUGUCAAUCAUUCAGGAAUAGUCAAAAAAAUCUCUAGCUAA